AUGACCACGCCAGUCCAACAAGUCGCUCCAGGUGAAGCAGCCCCGGUUCUUACCCAGUCAGAGGUCCACCACGAUACACAGCAACAGCAGCCACAGAAAUCUGCUGCUGCCGCCGCACUCAGCCCUAUCUCAUCCACCUACAAUAGAUUCAUGAAUUGGAGGAAAUCCCUUAGCUUAGGUAACCCUGGUACCGCUGAAGCUAUGGGCAGAGAAGCCAAAACUACGCUCCUCUCUAAUUUCAUCUUUGACGGCGCUAGAGCUGAUCUUACAAAGGGUAUUUCCUUAAACCCCGCUUUCCAAGUCACCCACUCUUUCGCUCUGGGCUCUCAACAAUCCCCUCCAAACUACUCUUUCGGCGCAGUCUACGCAGACGCAAAGUCUUUCUUACAAGGUGCUGUUGAUCACACAGGUACCCUCACUGGACGCGCCAAUCAAUCCUUCGCUAACCUCGGUACUGGAAAGGUUCAAGCUCAGCUUUCUGAAGUUCCUGGUCAAUCCAUGAUCCAAUUAGAGCAUGACUAUCAAGGUUUAGACUAUUCCCUCAACGGUAAAGCUAUGAAUCCUUCCAUGAUUGAUGGUACUGGUAUUUACAUUGGUAGCUACCUCCAAUCUCUCACUCCAAACAUCGCCCUCGGCCUCGAAACCCUCCUCCAAAGACCUCAACCGGGCGUCUCUGAAUCCUUGACUUCUUAUUUGGUUAGAUUGAAUGGCUCAAACAGGGACUGGUUGGCUACCGCUCAAAUUAACCCCUCUGGAAUGCUCGAAGCUACUUACCACCACAAAUUGUCCGAUAAAGUUGACGCUGCUGCCACUUUACAAGUUAUCAACAGACCUCAAGGCAAGGAAGCAAAUGCUAGCUUAGGUGCAAAGUAUGACUUCAGAAUGGCUUCUUUCAGAGGUCAACUUGAUUCAACCGGAAAAGUUUCAGCCUUGCUCGAGCAAAGAUUCACUCCUGCAUUCGCUUUCUUGGUCGCAGGCGAAAUUGAUCAUCUCAAGAAUGCUUCCAAAUUUGGUGUCGGUAUCAUGUUAGAAUCAACCACAAUGACUCCUGAAGAAAUGAACGCCGCUAUGCAAUCUGUACCACAACCUCCAGUUUAA